CAACGCAGCACUACUUCCCUUUUACCGCCCAUCCAAGGGCUUAUUUGCUGAGGGAAAGGGGUAGUUCUUUGUGAAAUCUAUUGCAUACGAACGACGUUAAACUACUGUUUUGAAUAAACUCUGCGCUAUGUCGUCGCUGCAUUACGGAACAGACGAUGUCCUCGAGGAUGGCACGCAGCAUCAAACAGCAACUUCACGCAUCAGCCACAAAUCGGUGCUGAAUGCCGCUCCUGGUGACGAUCUGUUCAACAAUAUGAUGGGAGCCGAAUCCAGUAUAAGAAAACGUCACGUAUGGGCGCCGGAAGAAGUUUCGCUGGCCUCUGAAGACAUCGAUCUGCUGGAUGACGACGACGACCUAGAGGAAGAGGAAGACGAUGGAGUCGGUUGUCCGUUACCUUCGACACCCGAAGACAACCAGCUACUGGAAGCGGAAAUGACGGAAGUUCUUAAGGCGGGAGUUCUGUCAGAUGAAAUCGAUCUUGGUGCGCUGGCCCAUAACGCGGCUGAGCAGGCCGAAGAGUUCGUGCGUAAGGUGUGGGAAGCCUCAUGGAAGGUGUGCCACUUUAAGAACUUACCGGCAUGGCUCCAGGAUAACGACUUCUUGCAUAAAGGACACCGGCCACCGUUGCCUUCGUUCAGCGCUUGCUUUAAAUCGAUCUUUCGCAUUCACACCGAAACUGGCAACAUCUGGACUCAUCUGCUAGGCUGCGUGAUGUUCAUCGGUGUUGCCGCCUACUUCUUGACGCGGCCUUCCUUCGAAAUUCAACUACAGGAGAAGCUAAUUUUCCUAACGUUUUUCAUUGGCGCAAUCAUAUGUCUAGGAUUUUCGUUUGCGUUCCACACUCUGUGCUGUCACUCGGAAAUGGUUGGCAAGUUGUUUUCAAAGCUUGAUUACUGCGGCAUUGCUCUACUUAUCAUGGGCUCAUUCGUUCCCUGGCUGUACUAUGGUUUCUAUUGCCACUAUAAACACAAAUUGAUCUACCUGACUGUUGUCAUCGUGCUCGGCAUCACUUCGAUCAUUACCUCGCUCUGGGAUAAAUUUUCUCAGCCCAAUCUGAGACCGCUUCGUGCCGGAGUUUUCAUGAGCUUUGGUCUGUCUGGUAUUAUCCCAGCGAUCCAUUACGUGCUUAUGGAAGGCUGGUUUAGUAAAAUUUCCCAGGCAAGCUUGGGCUGGUUGAUUCUGAUGGGAUUGCUAUACAUCCUCGGUGCCCUAUUCUAUGCUCUGCGCGUUCCUGAGCGAUGGUUUCCCGGCAAGUGUGAUAUUUGGUUUCAAUCGCAUCAAAUCUUCCAUGUGCUGGUAUUAGUUGCCGCCUUUGUCCAUUAUCAUGGCAUCAGCGAAAUGGCUAUGUACCGGGUAACGGUCGGAGAAUGCGACAUCCCUCAUCAGCAUCCAGCUAUUAGCUUCUAAAUGAUCAUGUUAUGUAUCAUGAGCUACAACAUGCCCUCGUGUCGAUUUUGAACAGCUGGUAAACACGUUUUACAUCAUAAAAAUACGAGAUGCACAUUAUAACAUCUCAGUGAAACAAACGGACUCACAGUGUGAAGAAUCGGAUUCAUAGGAAUAUUCCUAACAAAUACAAAAGCGUAGUUUGUUUAACUUAUUAGGACGAUGUUCUGGGCUUUUGUUUUUAACAAAUUGACGUUUUUCUUCAAAAUUUUUUUCAUGUUACCCUCGUUUUCGUAUUUUUUUGCAAGCGUUUUUAUUGCUAAAGUAUGCGUUUUGUUCUUCUUAGAUAUAUGAGUCCUCCCGUACGGAAGUGCUUUUCAUUCAUUCCCACGUUCGCUAUUGUUAGUGUGAGGCUGAAAUAGUUCGAAUCAUUAACCAUCCUUCAUGGAUGUGCAAAUGUAACCAAUAAGGAAGAAAUCACACAUAUAAAAUGCAUGGUAACAGAAAUAAGUAUGGUUAGCCCGUCUUUGCCGAUCGAUUCGUAUUAAAAAAUUUACAUAACUAAGAUUAUUUGCACACAACAUGGUAGAGCAAGUGGCAAAACCACUUUAUCAGCUUUUUAUAAUUGAUGCAGGGGAGUAACCGACAAAAUGCAUCCGUUGAAUUGAGCGUCAGCCUUUUUCUGCACCGUCAGAGUAUUACGUUAGACUUCCGUUCAUGCAUCUGCAAAGUAUCAACAAAAUUUCAUGGAAUAAAUUGGGCAAUAUUCCAGUACGAGACAUCUGCAUGGUGUAUUCCUGGUUUUAAUUCCCAGACGCUAUUAUUACGCAUAGAAAAAAUAAGCAAAGGUGUGCUAUCGAAAAAAAAACAUACAAAAAGUAGAAAAUCAUAUA